UUUAAGAACCACUUAUUUACACUUAGCUUUGCAAGACUGGGUACAAGUUUUGAUGUUUAAAUGAAUAUUUCAUACCUCCAUUUAUCUUUUCCUUAGCUUCUUCCAAACAUGUUAUCAUCCAGACUAACACCCACAAUAAAAUCAACUUUCAAUGAAUCAUCACCUCACCGGAGACUCCCCGGAGCUAGAAUCUCCGGUAAAAACUCCAGCUUAGCAAGAAAUGCUAGAACUAAAAAGACCCUUAUGAGAAAUGGGUUAUUGAAAGUGAGAGCUGUAAUCAGCAGUGGUGAUAGCACAGUGAAAUCUGGUGCACCUGCAGGUAUGGAGAUAAAAGAUGAAAAGGGUACUUUGUUAAAUAAUUCUUCAGGAAAUGGGAUUCAAGUUAAGGCAAUUGUUACAAUUAAGAAGAAGAUUAGACAGAGAUUAGUUGAUAAACUUGAAGAUCAAUGGUUUAAUUUUCUUAAUAGCAUUGGUCAAGGGAUUUUUAUACAGCUUAUAAGUGAAGAACUUAAUCCUGAUUUCAAUUCUAGGAGGAGUGUAGAGGCCUAUGUGACCGGUCGGCCGCCAAGUAGUUCAUCAGGACAGUCCUACAUUGUUGAGUACACUGCAAAUUUUACAGUUCCUUCCAAUUUUGGAAAUCCUGGAGCUAUCUUGAUUACUAAUAACUACAGUAGAGAAAUCUAUUUGGUAGAGAUUGUGCUUCAUGGAUUCAAUGAUGGACCUUUUAACUUCCCUGCAAAUUCAUGGAUCCACUCAAUUAAAGACAAUCCUGAAAGCAGAAUCAUCUUCAGAAAUCAUACGUACUUACCAUCGCAAACACCACCGGGCAUCAAAGAUCUUCGGAUGGAUGACAUAUUGAGUCGGCGUGGCAAUGGGAAAGGAGAAAGAAAGUUACAUGAGAUGAUUUAUGAUUAUGCUCCUUACAACGAUUUGGGUAAUCCCGAUAAAGAUGAUGACCUUUAUCGGCCAGUUCUUGCUGGUGCUGAACGACCUUAUCCAAGGCGCUGUCGCUCUGGAAGACCACCUAUGAAAUCCAACCCAGAAAGCGAGAGUAGAAUAGAGAAGCCGCAUCCAGUAUACGUUCCUCGUGAUGAAGCAUUCGAGGAAACAAAGCAGUCAACAUUUGCUACCGGAAGACUGAAAGCCGUGCUGCACAACUUGGUACCUCAAAUUGCUACGGCUUUGGCUAGUUCAGAUAUCCCAUUCACUUGCUUUGCUGAUAUAGACAACCUAUAUAUCAGUGGUUUUACUAUAAAAGAUGAUGAGGUUUCUGAAAACGUUAAUAGCAUUGCACAAAUGCUCAGCAUGGGUACUAGGUUACUUAAGUACGAUGUUCCAGCCGUCAUUAAAAGUGAUAGAUUUUCGUGGCUAAGGGAUAACGAAUUUGCACGACAGGCAUUAGCAGGAGUGAAUCCGGUGAACAUUGAACUUCUUAAGGAAUUUCCCAUUACGAGCAAAAUGGAUCCAGCAGUCUAUGGUCCUCCGGAAUCUGCAAUCACAAAGGAAGUACUCGAAGGACAACUAGAUGGAAUGAGUGUGGAAGAGGCGAUUGUAAAAAAGAGACUCUUCAUAAUCGAUUAUCAUGACCUCUUACUUCCGUUUGUCGACAAGAUAAACAAGUUGCCUGGUAGAAAAGCGUAUGCAUCUCGAACAAUAUUUUUCUACACGAAUGGUGGGAGUUUAAGACCUAUUGCUAUCGAGCUUUCACUUCCUCCCUCCAACUCUCGCCCUGCAUUUAAUCGUGUUUAUACUCACGGCCAUGAUGCUACAAGCUAUUGGGUUUGGAAGUUGGCCAAAGCGCACGUGUGUGCAGUUGAUGCUGGUGUGCAUCAGUUAAUAAAUCAUUGGUUGAGGACUCAUGCUAGCAUGGAGGUUUACAUAAUUGCUACUAAUAGACAACUGAGCCAAAUGCAUCCGGUUUACAAGCUCUUGCAUCCACAUAUGCGGUAUACUAUGGAAAUUAACGCCCUUGCUCGACAGAGCUUGAUCAAUGGAGGGGGAAUCAUAGAGGCUACUUUUACUCCAGGAAAGUAUGCUAUGGAAAUCAGCUCUGCCGCCUAUAAGAGCAUGUGGCGGUUUGACAUGGAAGCUCUACCAGCUGAUCUACUUCGAAGGGGAAUGGCAGAGGAGGAUCCUACAGCACCCUGUGGAGUAAAACUUGUGAUCGACGAUUAUCCCUACGCUGCUGACGGACUUCUUGUGUGGUCUGCCAUCAGCGAAUGGGUUGAAUCCUAUGUUUCAUACUACUACCCCGACUCGAAUGCCAUCACCUCGGAUGUUGAACUCCAAGGAUGGUGGAAAGAGAUCAAGAACGAAGGUCAUGCUGAUAUGAAGGAUGAACCUUGGUGGCCUAAACUCGAGUCCAAGGAGGACUUAACCAGGAUACUAACCAUAAUGAUCUGGGUUGCUUCAGGUCAACAUGCUGCUAUAAACUUUGGACAGUACCCUUUCGGAGGCUAUGUCCCAAACCGUCCUACAAUGAUGCGUAAAUUGAUCCCUCAAGAAAAUGAACCCGAGUACGAGAAGCUGCUUAAAAACCCUCAAGCUACAUUCCUAUCUUCUUUGCCUUCUAAGCUUCAAGCUACGAAAGUCAUGGCCGUCCAAGACACUUUGUCGACACAUUCCCCUGAUGAAGAGUAUCUUGGGCAGGAGCACGGGAACUGGACUGAUGACCAACAUGUUAAAGGCAUGUUUGCGAGAUUCUCCUCGCGUUUGAAGGAGAUCGAAGAGACAAUUCAUCAAAGAAAUAAGGAUUGCCGUCUUAAGAACAGAACGGGUGCAGGUGUUCCUCCAUAUGAACUGCUUGUACCAACUUCUGGUCCUGGAGUCACCGGUCGUGGUAUUCCUAAUAGCAUUUCUAUCUGAACAGUGUAUACUAUAAAAUUUUCUUACAGUAAUAUUCUUCUCAUAAGAUUUUUAUGAGUUAUUUAAGAAUUUCGGAUCUGAACCUUGUAUGAAAAAAAAAUAACAAAAGAUAGUUGAAACCUUCAAUUAGGUUAUUUGAAGGAAAAGCUUGCAAA